CAUGUAUAAAUGCCAAGUCAUUUGCUUAAGCUUGUUCGAGCAGCAGCAGUCCUGUCGUCAGGUAGUGAGUGGAGGAGGGAAAAGGAGAGAGACGCCAUGGGAAGAAGACCAGCUAGGUGUUACCGUCAGAUCAAGGGCAAGCCAUACCCUAAAUCUCGCUACUGUCGUGGUGUGCCCGAUCCCAAGAUCAGGAUCUACGAUGUCGGCAUGAAGAAGAAAGGUGUUGACGAGUUCCCUUUCUGCGUCCACCUCGUCUCCUGGGAGAAGGAGAACGUCUCCAGCGAAGCUCUCGAAGCUGCGCGUAUCGCUUGCAACAAGUACAUGGUGAAAUCCGCGGGAAAAGAUGCUUUCCAUCUGAGGAUUAGGGUUCACCCUUUCCAUGUUCUGAGGAUCAACAAGAUGCUUUCGUGUGCUGGAGCUGAUAGGCUUCAGACUGGUAUGAGAGGUGCUUUUGGAAAGGCGUUGGGUACUUGUGCUAGGGUUGCGAUUGGGCAAGUGCUUUUGUCUGUGAGGUGUAAGGAUGGUCAUGGUCACCAUGCUCAGGAGGCUCUGAGGAGGGCUAAGUUUAAGUUCCCUGGUCGUCAAAAGAUUAUCGUCAGCAGGAAAUGGGGUUUCACUAAGUUUAACAGAGCAGACUUUACGAAGUUGAGGCAAGAGAAGCGUGUUGUUCCUGAUGGUGUUAAUGCUAAGUUCCUUUCAUGUCAUGGACCUUUGGCUAACCGUCAGCCCGGAAGUGCAUUUUUGCCAGCCACCUAUUGAAGUUUCAGGACUGUAGUCUACUUUUCCGUGAAGAGCUGUAUUGAGUCUGAAUCAUUUUACUUUUAUCCUUGAAAGUUUUGUUAAGUUUUUUAGUUGGACAUAUUCAGUAUUUUGAAUCUUUGUGAAAUGAUAUUUUGCUAUUCUAUGUUGCUCCUUUUGCAAGUUUUGUCGUGUCCGCUA